GGGGGAGGGGAAGGGAGCAGAGGAAAGGGGGGAUGGGAAGCGAGGCAGGAGGGGGAGGGGCCUCGGCGAGCCCAGAAAAACGACAACGCGAGAAAAAUUAGUAUUUUUGCACUUCACAAAUUAAUGACCAUGAGCUCGUUUUUGAUAAACUCCAACUACAUCGAGCCCAAGUUCCCUCCCUUUGAGGAGUACGCGCAGCACAGCGGCCCGGGCGGCGGAGACGGCGGCCCAGGCGGGGGCCCCAGCUACCAGCAGCCCCCAGCGCCCGCGGCCCAGCACCUGCCGGCGCAACAGCCCCAGCUCCCCCACGCGGGCAACAGCCGCGAGCCCCCCGCCUCCUACUACGCGCCACGGGCCGCCCGCGAGCCCUCCUACCCUGCGGCCGCGCUCUACCCCGCGCAUGGUGCCGCCGACACCGCCUACCCCUAUGGCUACCGCGGUGGCGCCAGCCCGGGGCGGCAGCCACAGCCCGAGCAGCCCCCGGCGCGAGCCAAGGGUCCUGCGCACGGCCUGCACGCGAGCCACGUCCUGCCGCCGGGGCGGCAGCCCCCGCCGCCGCCUCCCCCUCAGCAUCGCCCGGCGCCCCCUGCACCCCCGCGGCGUUGCGAGGCGGCUCCAGCCACCCCGGGCGUCCCGGCAGGGGGCAGCGCCCCCGCGUGCCCGCUGCUCCUGGCCGACAAGAACCCGCCCGGCCUGAAGGGCAAAGAGCCUGUGGUGUACCCCUGGAUGAAGAAGAUCCAUGUCAGCGCCGUCAACCCCAGUUAUAACGGAGGGGAGCCCAAGCGCUCUCGAACCGCAUACACCCGACAGCAGGUCUUGGAGCUGGAGAAGGAGUUCCACUUUAACCGCUACCUGACCCGGCGGCGCCGCAUCGAGAUCGCCCACACGCUCUGCUUGUCCGAGCGCCAGGUCAAGAUCUGGUUUCAGAACCGGAGGAUGAAGUGGAAGAAAGAUCACAAAUUGCCCAACACUAAGAUGCGGUCCUCCAACUCGGCCUCGGCCUCAGCAGGCCCGCCAGGGAAAGCACAAACUCAGAGCCCUCACCUGCCUCCCCACUCCCACCAGGGUGCCUCCACACCCAUUCCCUCCUCCAUAUAAUCUUCUAGAGAUCUAGACCAGUUUCAUUCCCCCACCUGCUUUUCCCCCCCUCUUCUGCCCUUUUCCCCAUACUCCUACCUGUCUGGACCAUAACAGACCCCCAAACAAAACCCAACUUGGUGAAAAGGAUAAUAGAAGACAUUAUGUCGGUAAGAGUAUGUGCUGGUUGCCACCUAAGAGAAGACAAUAGCCAGGAUGCUGGCUGAUGUCAGCAUCAACCUGCUGGCGUAAAUAAGGCUGCAGGUUUGGGUACCUGAGAAGGACCACUUGGCAACAGAUACUUUUGAGAUGGCUAAACCCAGCUGGACAGCCCAUACUGACUAGGCACACAUAUAUGUAUAUUUGUUGCAAGCAGAAGAAAACAGACCCUUUUCCCACCUUCCCUACCUCCCCCUUCCACAUUAAGGCAGCUCAUACAAGCUUGUAUUGAACUGAAUAAAUGAGUAGACAUUGUGGACCUCACAAGAUUAUUUAAUUCUCAAAAUGUAUAGACCUUGAUGGUAGAUGUGACACAUGUUAGUUUUCCUUCCUUGCAUUUAUUUAAAAUAUUGUUGUAGAGUUGUUGUUGUCUUACUCUGAGGCACAAUCUUGGGGGUUCGGGGAGUGCAUUUAGACCCAUGUGCAACUGUACAAAUUGUGGUGUGGCUAUAUAGAAAAGCCAUGUGCUAAGAAUAAACUCUGUUUAAAAAAACCAUUAAAGUUCUAAGACACA